CUAAACAAAAUGUCACCUAUGGACUGAUUCGUCUUCGCAAAGACCUCUUCAAAAUCGUCUUUAUUUGCCAAAUAGUUAUUCGUGUUUGACAAAUAUGUCUUUAAAAUGCAAUGUGGUGUUAGUGUGGGUUACUUGUUUGUCGUGUAAAGUGGUUAUGACUGGUUGUGAAGUGGUUUUGGUGAAUCGAAAUGUUACAGACAGCUUCCGUGUUGGGGAAGAUGGUUGUACGAAUGAUCCAAGUGUUUGUACAAGUUCAGCAACAUGUCAGUAUGAUGGCUCUUGUUUGUGCAAUGCUGAUAAAACUAAUUUUAGAAAUCCUGUUAUAAUAGCUAAUCCAUCAUUUAUGUACGGUGACUCGUCUGGCUGUGUAAGCAGUGAAUUUAUGCGGUCUGGAGUUGGUGAGUGUUUUGUUUCAUAUGCUAUUGAAUCAUAUUAUGGUGUUGUAUGUAAUGAUAGUAUACAGCUAUUUCAAUUAAGGUUGUCCCUCGAGCAAAGCGUAAAAGUCGAAUACGAGCGCGAAAGGCUGCUGGGAAUCGCUAAUAAAUGAAUGAAUUUAAUCGCUAAUAAAUGAAUGAAUUUAAUCGCUAAUAAAUGAAUGAAUUUAAUCGCUAAUAAAUGAAUGAAUUUAAUCGCUAAUAAAUGAAUGAAUUUAAUCGCUAAUAAAUGAAUGAAUUUAAUCGCUAAUAAAUGAAUGAAUUUAAUCGCUAAUAAAUGAAUGAAUUUAAUCGCUAAUAAAUGAAUGAAUUUAAUCGCUAAUAAAUGAAUGAAUUUAAUCGCUAAUAAAUGAAUGAAUUUAAUCGCUAAUAAAUGAAUGAAUUUAUUAGCGAUUCCCAACAGCUUUUUGCGCUCGUAUUCGACUUUUCCGCUUCGCUCGGGGGACAACCUUAAUUGAAAUAGCUAAUAAUCUGUUUAAAUUUAAGUAGUAACAUUUUGUUAAACUUAAAGUACGUAGUUACAUUUUGUGUUUUACAGACGCCACCGUUUGUCCAUUUAAACCUUUCCAAGUGAUACCGUAUAGCCCCAAAGAUCAAGCAAUACAAUUCAGUUACGAUAUACGGAACACGAUCUUUCAACAGUGUUCAUUGGAAAAAGCCUUGGCAAAGUUUCCUGAGAACAAUACAGAAAUGGAGUUGCAAUGGCUGAAUGAAUCUUACAUUAACUUGACCGUCUCAAGCAAAAUAUUAUAUUUUAAAGUACGUAAAUAAACUCGUAUUUUCCACUUUUUUCUCUUUUUGAAAUUAGUUUAUUUUCCCCUUAUCUAGUGGACAAGAUCGGCUACAGAUUUGCAAGGCACUAUAAUAACGUUCAAUCUCAAAUGCCAACUAAGCUCUGGCGGUUACUCAAAAGAAUGCCUACGAGCGAAGGUUCUUGGAAUAUGGACAGCAG